UUCGACGUCGCCGCGGCAACUCUCUCCUCGCCUCCAACACAUAUCGCGACCCCCCGACGACGCGACUCCCGAAUCGCCGUCGACUCGAGGCCCGUCGACGAGCUCGCCGCGAUAUGCGGUCCCUCGUCGCCCUCGCCGCCCUCGCCGUCGCCGACGCCGGCAAGAAGGCCAAGGGCGAGUACUCCUGGGACCAGGCCAAGUGCCUCUUCAAGAAGCGGAAGAUCGUCUUCCUCGGAGACUCGAACACGCGCUUCUUCAGCUUCCAGUUCGCGACGUUCCUCGAGAAGGGCGAGUACCGGAGCGACGACUACGACAAGUGGGGCGAGCCCGGCGACGACUACGACAAGGAGUACGAGGACGAGACGUGGACGGACUGGAGCCGCAAGUCGAAGAAGAGCGCGACGCACGCCCAGCACCUCGUCAAGACGUAUGAUGAUCUCGACUCGCGGCACACGUUCUUCUUCCUCCAGAAGACGUGGUUCGGCGACGAGACGACCAAGGAGGAGAACAUGGACGACAUCGCGGCCAAGGUGAAGAAGGACAAGGUCGACAUCGUCGUCAUGAACAGCGGCUGGUGGGAUUUGAAGGGCUGGGGCGAGAAGGACUACGACGACUGCGGCGAGGACUGGGAGGACGACUGCGGCGACGCGUACGAGCGCGACGCCGCGCGCUUCGACCCGACUUCAAUCUGCGCGCGCGACGUGAAAAAGGCCGCGGACGAGAUCUUCUCGGGAGCGAAGGCCGCCGUCUGGCGCGACUGCUCCUGCUGCGGCGACGAGACGUCCCACGAGAAGUCCGUCAAGCGGCUCAACGCCAUCGCCAAGGACGUCAUGGACGACCGCGGCUACCCCGUCGCCGAAAUCUUCGAUUUGUACGGCAAGAAGGAUUUGGACGACGCGACGGUCGACGGCACGCACGCGACGCCCGAGUACUACCACGCGUGGACCAUGAAGAUCAUGACCGGCGUCGAGGCGCAGCUCAAGACGGGGUGCCUCGGGGACUCCUACGAGGACGACGAGCCCGCGAGCUGCCCGGGUCUCGAGGCCGUGGCCUCCGACGGCUGCCCCGCGGACGCGGACCUCGUGACCUGCGACGACGCGUCGUUGCAGCCCGGCGACCUCUGCGAGGGCGACGGCGAGUGCGGCACGGACAAGAAGCUCAACAACUGCCCCGACGGCACCGGCGGCGCGGAGGCCGACGUCUACGAGGUCCUCGGGGCCGACGGCGCGCCGACGACGACGCCGCGGCCCUUCGCGUUCUCGACGCCGCGGCCGUCGCGCCGCCCCACGCCGAGGCCGUCGCGAAAGCCCACGCCGCGGCCGACGCCGCGGCCGACGCCGCGGCCGACGCCGCGGCCGAGCGCGGCCGUCGCCUGCGACAACCGCGCGUCGCCGUACAUGGACGCGAAGGGCUAUGGUUGCACGACGUGGAACGGCCUGCUCGCGCGCUGCCGCGACGACGCGGACUGGCGCGCGGCGCAGUACUGCCGCUUCAGCUGCGAUGAGCUCGGCGUCGGCUACGACGGUUUUACGUGCGCGGCGCCGUCCCCGACGCCCGCCCCUUCUACGCCCGCCCCCACCGCGCGGAACUGCCCCGUGCUCGAGGCCAUCUCGUCGAACGCGUGCCCCGACGACGCGCCGCGAAGCGCCUGCGACGCCGCGGGGCUCCUGCCCGGCGACUUCUGCUCCGGCGACGGCGAGUGCGCCACGGACGAGGCGCUCGACAACUGCGGCGCCGCGGACGUCAGGGCAGCACAAGGGUGCGAAAUUCCCAACUUCAAAGGCUCAUAUCUCGGCCGUUUUCCGCUCGUUUCGGCUGAUUUUUGGACGAGUGAUCAUCUCUCGGAACGGUCUCGAAGCGUGGAUGCUUUUUCCGGAACGCGCGCGCGCGGAACGCUCACGUUGAAGCGACGUUGA